GGGCAGCCGGGGGAGCAGGGACCCCCAGGUCCCAAAGGGGAGAAGGGAGAUGCUGGUCUGCAAGGUCUGCCGGGAACCCCAGGUCCUCAAGGUCCAAAAGGUUCUAAAGGAGAAAGAGGAGGCAAAGGGGAGCAAGGCGAGCGAGGAGUAAGUGGAAACCCCGGUUAUCCAGGCAAACCUGGGCUGCAAGGUGAAGCUGGAGUAAAAGGCAGUAAGGGCAACUACGGCUUCCCUGGACUGAAGGGACAAAAGGGGUCCAAAGGGGAUACUUGUGAGAAUGGGACCAAAGGAGACAAGGGAGAUAGGGGCGAUGCUGGAGACCCGGGAGUGGGUGGAGAACAGGGUGACAAGGGGGAAAAGGGGGACACAGGGGAGAAGGGGUACUGUGGGGAGCCAGGGGGAAGAGGCGCGAAGGGAGAAAGAGGGGAAGGGGGGACAAAGGGAGAAAAAGGGAGCAAAGGGGAGAUGGGGCUUCAGGGUGUUCAGGGGGCGGAUGGAAAACGGGGAGAAAAGGGCGAGCAAGGAUGUAAAGGUGAAAAAGGGGACUUGGGACCUGCCGGCAUGACAGGACCUUCUGGCCCCAAGGGGGUUGCUGGCAGCAAGGGGGGCCGAGGGGCCCCGGGAAAGAAAGGCUCCCGUGGGGCGAAGGGUGCCCGAGGGGACGCCGCGAAGCUCCUGCGGUCGGCGUUCAGCGCCGGCUUGUCCAAGCCCUUCCCUCCGCCCAACGUCCCCAUUCGGUUUGACAAGAUCUUGUACAACGACCAAGAAGAUUACAACCCAUCCACCGGGAAAUUCAACUGCAGUGUGCCCGGGGCCUACGUCUUCGCCUACCACCUGACGGUGAGAGGGCGUCCAGCCCGCGUCAGCCUCGUCGCCCGCAGCAGGAAGGUGGCCAAAGCCCGUGAGACGCUCUACGGCCAGGAGAUCGACCAGGCAUCCUUCCUGACCGUCCUGAAGCUGAGCGCGGGCGACCAGGUGUGGCUGGAGGUCGCGCGGGACUGGAACGGCGUCUACGUCAGUGCUGAGGACGACAGCGUCUUUACAGGGUUUCUUCUGUAUCCGGAUGCUUUUGAGAUCCUGCUGUAG